AUGCAAGGUAGCCGUACGCUCUUGAAAUACGCCAGUCCAUUACGGCGCAAAAUCUCGAUGCGAUGGGCAAGCGCUGUCGGUCAGCAUCCGAUUCGAGGGAAUAUUCCAAUUCAUGGACACGGUAUUGCACUAGAACAGUAUGCUGAAGUUGAUCGAGCAUUUUCCGAGGAAGAAGUUCGGGCUUUCGGAAUGUUAGUCAACGACAUGAAUCCUUUGCAUCGGUCUUGGUCGAUCAGGGAUGACUUGCCGAGCGAAAUCCAGGAUCAUGAUAUGCUCCACUGGGACGAAACGUCUCGCCGCAGCAAAGUUCUUGUACACGGAAUGCUUGCAUCGACUUUGUUCACCUCCAUUUUCGGAACGCUGAUUCCUGGAGCGGUGUAUUUGUCGCAACAUUUAGAUUUUCGAAAACCGGUUUUCGCGAAUGAACUCGUUACUGGUCGAGUUGUCAUUGAUAGAAUACGGCAAAUGAAAAGGAAAGGAUUAAUCGUUACAUGCAGUACCCGAAUUGUGUCUGGAGACGAAGUAUGCAUCCGAGGAGAUGCAAAUGUUUGGAUACUAAAUGGUACCCUGGAAAAGGAAACGUAUGCAACCUUCGACGCAACCGCGAAAUGAAUAGCCAGAUAAUCUACGAAGAAAAGGGUAACACUAUUUUCCCAUCGCUCUGUAACAUAUGUUUUCUGGCGUAGCCUGCAAUAAGAAUCACAACCGUCCAUACGAUGGCCAUCAGUUUUAUUAGGCUCUCAUCGACGCCUGCCUCCGGAGAUGGACCUGUUUUAGAAGCCAGGGAGCGAUUUUCCUUCUUUUUUAUAAAUUUGAGGUCCGCUUCCUUUAGUUCAUCGACCAAUUCUCUCUUUAUGAGAGAUGACACAGUAUCAGUAUCGGACAAGUCGUCGUCGCCAUCAUUAAAGGGUUCGGUACCAAGCCUCGAUUCAAAGUCGGCCAUUUCCGUAUUUUUCAAACGAUAAACGGCGCCAGUUGGGCUGGGAUCUGCGACCCGACGGAUCGAUUCCAGAAUGGCGUCCGUGUCCUUCGACAGCUUUUGUAUCUCCUGGUCUAAGGUGCCUUCCCAAUCCUCUUUUGUCCUCUGCGAAGGCGGGGGUUUUAAAUCGAAGUUUCGCUGCCGCGAGGCAGAAUUCAUCUGUACUUUGCUUGGCGUCGCGCUUAUGUAUAAUGUGAACGAUUCAAAUGGACGGCGUUUCACGCA